AUGUCUGAUUCUAGCCAGCUCUUCAACUUCAAUCCCACGGCUACGGGCGGCUCUGUGAGCUUUCUCUCUCUCCCCGGCGAACUUCGAAACACGAUAUACGAAAUCAUUUUACUGCAGUCCGAGCCUAUCGAUCCUUGGCUCAGAUAUGGUUUGCAGGUCCCAACAGGGCUUUUUUGCGUUAGCAAGACAGUCCACCGCGAAGCCAGCCUGCUAUUCUACAGCCAGAAUCGCUUCGACUUUAGUGGACGUGAUCCUGAGAAAUUGGCCUCGUUCCUCCAGCAAAUUGGUCCCCGCAACGCAAAUUCCAUUCAACAUAUCGUAAUCGACUUCCCGGAAUUCCUCUAUCUAGACCCGGGCGAUGUUACUAUCGAGGAGGAAAGCCUCAGAAUCCUCGGAAGCAUUGUGAGCAACUGCACUGGUUUGAUCACGCUUAGGACGUCCUUGUACAGUACAAGUAGCAUGGAACUCAGGCUUGACAAUCUGGACCACUACAGCCUUGCAACUGAGGCACUGCAUCUUGUCGACACUCACUUCAGAGCUAUACCUUCUCUAUCAGAGAUCAUUCUUGAGGUAUAUGACGAUGGACCGAGUGAUUGUCUGAGAAAGAGAAUGGAGAGUUAUGGAUGGAUACUAAGCAAGAAUGCUGCUGAGGAAGAAGAGUUCUGGGACAGCAGGUUCAGUGAUCUUGACUUUGAUGAUUAUGGCUAUGGCUAUGGCUAUGACUAUGAUGACGAUGAUGAUUAUGAUAUCGAUAAUGAUAGCGAUUUCUGGAGAAGGGCCGCAGACUAG